AUGGCCUGUUGUGCUACUAGCUUCUGUGGCUUUCCCACUUGCUCCACAGGUGGCACCUGCGGCUCCAGCUGCUGCCAGCCCAGCUGCAGCCAGUCCAGCUGCUGCCAGCCCAGCUGCUGCCAAUCCAGUUGCUGCCAGCCUUGCUGCUCCCAGUCCAGCUGCUGCCAACCCAGCUGCUGUCAACCCAGCUGCUGCCAACCCAGCUGUUGCCAAUCCAGCUGCUGCCAGCCCAGCUGCUGCCAGCCCAGCUGUUGUCAGCCCAGCUGCUGCCAGCCCAGCUGUUGUCAGACCAGCUGCUGCCAGCCCAGCUGCUGUGGAACUGGCAGUGGCCAGGAGGGUGGCAGUGGAGCUGUGAGCUGCCGCAUCAGAUGGUGCCGCCCUGACUGCCGUGUGGAGGGCACCUGCCUGCCCCCCUGCUGUGUGGUGAGCUCCACACCCCCGACCUGCUGCCAGCUGCACCAUGCUCAGGCCUCCUGCUGCCGUCCAUCCUACUGUGGACAGUCCUGCUGCCGCCCAGCCUGCUGCUGCUACUGCUGUCCACCCAGCUGCUCUGAGUCUAACUGCUGUGAGCCCACCUGUUAA